AUGUGUCACAAGCAGCCGGAGGUGGAGACACCCGGCUCUGUGUUUUGCUGGCAGGCCCAGACCAGGGGCUCCAAAGCUGACAGGCGAGACCAGGGAUGGGUUCGCUCUGUCAGACCCCAGAAGACAAAUCUCUUUCUCCAUGUGAAUGAUGGGAGCUCUUUGCAGUCGUUGCAGGUUGUUGCAGGUUCUGAGCUGAAUGAUCCGUUGUUGACAUUUGGCAGCGCCGUUGAAGUCACAGGUAUUCUUAAGAAAAGUCCACAUCAGAAACAGCCAAUUGAACUGGAGGCAGAGAAAAUCCAUGUUGUUGGAAAAUGUAAUCCACUGGAUUUUCCUUUUAAAAUCAAAGAGAGACACGACCUCGAGUAUAUUCGUCAGUUUCCUCAUCUCAGGUGCAGAACAAAUGCCUUUAGCUCCCUGUUGAGAAUACGAAGUGAGGCCACUACAGCAAUUCACUCAUAUUUCAAGGAAAAUGGCUUUGUGCAAAUUCACACUCCAAUCAUCACCUCAAAUGACUGUGAGGGGGCAGGGGAGCUAUUUCAGGUUGAGCCGUCAGGCCCAGAUCACGACGAAGAUCAGAACUUUUUCUCGGUCCCGGCCUUCCUGACCGUGUCCGGUCAGCUUCACUUGGAAGUGAUGUCAGGAGCUUUUUCUAGAGUCUACACAUUUGGGCCAACGUUUCGUGCAGAGAACUCCCAGAGCAGGCGCCAUCUGGCCGAGUUCUACAUGGUGGAGGCGGAGGUCUCCUUCACACAGUCCUUAGAGGAUCUCACCAAGGUCAUGGAGGACAUGUUCAGGUCUGCCACGGAGCAUGUGCUGGCUCACUGUGCAGAGGAUGUGGAUUUGUUUCACAAGCAUGUGACUCCUGGACACAGGGGCACAGUAGAGGCCAUGACGAAGAGGAGAUUCCCUGUGAUUACCUACAGUGAGGCUAUAGACAUCCUGAAUGGCAGCUCUCAGAAAUUUGUCUUCCCCACAAACUGGGGAUGUGACCUUCAGACGGAACACGAGAAGUACCUGGUGAAACAUUGCGGCAACACUCCAGUCUUUGUCACUGAUUAUCCUUAUGAUCUUAAGCCGUUUUAUGCAAGAGACAACCUGGACCGUCCCAAGCACACCGCGGCCGCAGUUGACCUCCUUGUGCCAGGAGUGGGUGAGCUGUGUGGGGGCUCACUGAGAGAGGAGAGGCUGGAUCUGCUGAGUGCUCGGCUGGAAGCGGUUGGUUUAGAAGACACCUACAGCUGGUAUCUGGAUUUGAGGCGUUUCGGCUCGGUCCCUCAUGGCGGCUUCGGGCUCGGGUUUGAGAGAUUUUUACAAUGUAUCCUCGGUGUCGACAACAUUAAAGACGUAGUUCCUUUCCCUAGAUUUUCCCGUUCCUGUCCUCUAUAAAACUACUGUUCGACGAGUAAAUACUUUUUUAAGUGUGUAAAGUCUGUUUUUACCGUGUGGUAAACCUUAAAUAAAUAUGAUAUUUAACACUG